AAAGCCGGAUAUUUUUUUUUUAAAAACAAACAGGCACGUCGCCAAUCCUCACGCUGAGAAGACGAUGUGCUCUUUAAAGAGCACGAGGGAGGAACAGAUCAGGACUUUAAGGGGGGUCUGCUUGGAAGCCGUCCACUAUCAUUUCAGUUUUAAAAAAAUAGAUGCAGCAGCGAUUCUUAGUGUGCCAGCAGACCUGUUGCAAGACCUCCUUCCUUACAUGAACCCGUGCCAGCUGGAUCAGCUUCAGCCAGAGCUCGAGCGCAAAGGAGUGUCCACCUAUUCGGCAUGGAUGAAGAUAUACCAAAGGUUGGCCGGCAGGGAGACGAGAUUCCAGCAAAAGACCUUUGACACUUCACAGGAGGUAAAAGUGGAAGUGAUGCAACGGAUGUUUGCCCAAUGGAUGUUUGCCCAGCGUCUCCGCCGCCCGUACGUCGACUUGGACAUCUGGAAUCACAUGGACUUGCCCACGUUCCUCUCAACGGCGGUCAAGUACGUCAAGCACGUGACGCUCAGCUCUGACAUGGAGCUGGCCGUGAACUUGACAGCGGGGGAUCCCCUUCUCUCCAGUCUGGAGAAGACGGUGGAGUCGCUGAAGUUGGAGUGGACCGACAGUUCCACAUCCCGUGAUUUGGACGAACUUUUCACCUUCUUGGUGCAUCGCUUUUUGGACCACGGUGUGGUUAAACACGUCAGUGUGAAUUCAGCUUUCGGCUGCUUCUUGACUUGGCUAUUCUAUGACCGUGACCAUGUGUAUAAAACUGCUGUGGAGCAGCAGAGAUGUUUAAUAAACAUCAGAUAUGAUUCGGAAGAGUCAAUGGAUUCCAAAGAAUUUGAGGAUGAAAAUGGUCCCCCUGCCAAACACUUGAAGACGGACAAGACAGUGAGCUUGCGUUUCCAUUGUUGUGAAGUCUCUUACCCUGGCUGCGUGACGCCGUGUCCGGUUGGAAAGAUCCAAAGUCUGACAGUCACUGAUUGCAACUUGGACAUGAUGAAGGAACUGGUCCAAAUCCUGCCCACAUUAGACAGCCUUACCACGCUGACGCUGGAACUGCCAUUCCUUGCUUGCGUCGAACGCGACCUGACCAUCUUGCUGGAGGACACCUUGACGACGGCGCUGGCGUCUUUGUCCUCACGUCCCCGCCGCUGCCUCCGUCGCGUGUCCAUCCCCUCGAUGCAGUGCACAGAGGAUCUGCUUUUCAACCUGCUGCAAGCUUACCUGGAGCUGAAGGAGCUGCAUGUGGGGGCCGUCGUCUACGCUUACAAGAACAAAAAGAAGUUCAAAGGUGAACUUGAACUGGAGCACCUGUCAGUCAAUUUGUAUGAGGACCAGCGGGACGCCAAGUUCCUCUUGACCGUGUUGCGAGUGUGCCCGCGUCUGGUCUCGCUGCAUAUUUCGGGCAUGCGCUUGCCCACCGGCCACUCCCUCAAGGAACUCCUCAACACACUCACAGAGUCCAACAUUCUACUGACGAGUCUCAGCUUGCUGGACCUCAACUUGUCCGAUUGUUUGGAGGAGAUCAUCAAGCUGCUGAGCGUCUGCAAGCUGGAAGAGCUCCACCUCAAAGACUGUCGUCUUCUGGACUGUGCCGUGGACAAGGCCGAGAGUCUUCGUCAACUGGUGGACGCCCUGAAGACGCUGCCGUCCCUGCGCAAGCUCACCUUAUCUCACAAUCGCCUGGCCAAAGACGUGCACGUGCUGGCCCAGCUCUUCUCAGGACCCGCGCCCAGCUCGCUGGAGUACCUCCACGUCGGAGCCAACUUUAUUCAGCCAGCAGACCUGCUAUUGUUGGCUGAAGCUUUGAGUUCGCAUCCUCCUCAGCGCCAACUCACCUUGGACCUCACCACCAACCCGGGGGAUCGCGACGUCAACACGUGGAAGGCGGCACUUGACAAGCUCCGCCCCUUCUGCCGUUGUCUCACCAAUGAGUGGAACUCAAAAAACACCAUGGCUGAUUACAUCAGCAACAUGUGAAGCGGUUGAAGGAUACAUACGUCUAUUAUUCAAGCGGAACGUCUGCUGUCUUUGCCAGGAAGGGAAAGCGAUAUGCUGGUGUCAUGUGAUGACAGUGGCAUGCUAGUCGCCGUGGAGAAAAAAUAAACACUGAUGUCGUCAUGAGGUGGUAAAAUUGGAAAAACAAAAGUGAAAUCCUGUGAACUUUUUGAAUGACAUUGAAGUGCAUCCUGUUUUUCACUUUUAGAGACUUUGGUGUGGGAGGGGGGAGUUGAAUCUACUCGUGCCAACUAACGUACAUGUGAAUUUUUUUAAAAAAAUACAUUUUCUAAAAAAAUUGAAAAA